GAAAAAGAAUAAAUCCAAUUCGACCAACGUGAAAUGAUCGAUCAGCAUUCGGUCUGUUGAAAUCGCUCGUCACUGCAACAGUGAUUGUUGGUUUUUGCCAAUUAAUACAUUUAUCGCAAUCGUCCAAGUGAAAAUUGAAAAUUGACCAAAAGAGCGAAUGAAAAUUAAAAAAAAAAGUUUGCAUCCAGAAUUUGUUUGAAAAAUUGGCUCGAUUGAGUGUGUUAUACUACAGAGUGUGUUACAGUGUGUUGCCUCUCUGUGUCUGUCGCUCUUUCUCUCUCUCGCAUUCUGUUUUGUAUUUUACGGUGUUGUGUGUGCCGUCGCCUCUCACAGAAGCGCACGUAGUGUUUCCAAUGUUCGAUGAUGGCGUACCGAUAAAAGUGUAUUUGUGUGAACGGUACAGUGUGCAUAAAUGAGAGGCUCUCUGGCUAGCAGCUCAGUCUUUUGUACUUCAUACCUCGAAUUAAAAAAAGUGUUUUUUUUCUAUUUCAUCAUCGUUGUCGUCGUUCGUUCAUUCGUUCAUUUCGUUCAUCGUUGUGCUACAAAGUUUUUCGUAUCGAGGAUUUGUAAAGUGGUAAAUAUUGUGUGAGCGCUCGCUUACUAGGCACACAAGCGCAACGUCAACCUCAAUGAUAGAUACGAUUCGGAAUAUUGUGCUGCUCUCGUUGUCGUCGUCGCUCUUUUAUAUAUAGAAAAAAAUACACACAUUUUACAUACAUUUACAUUCAUGCUGCAACUUUAGUGUUUUUUUCUUCUCUCACUCUCUGUGCUGUGUAAAAUUCCUUUUUUUUCGUGUUUCGUGUGCAGAACUAAUAAUAUGAAAGAAGCAUCAAGUCAAAACAAGAAGAAUAUCAGUGAGCGAGUGUGAAGAAAAACUUUUUUUUCUCGUACACUGUUCGGACGAAAAAGAAGUGUCUUUUGUUUUUUUCCAUCAAUUGUGAACCAACCGAAAGAAAAAAUUUAAUUUGGCUUGUAUGUGUUCGGGUGUUGUUGUUUUUCAUUUUGUGUGUGAGAGAGCAAAAUAAGAAAAAGUAAAAAAUAAUAAUAAAUAGAAAUAGUUAAGCGACACGAACCAAUUGUGUGUGCGCUUCAACGAUGACCGAUUUCAUCGAUACUUUACUGACAAGUAUGUCAUCGAAAUUCAACGAAACCAAUGCCGAUUUACAGAUCAAUUUAAAUGAAGACAAAACAUUGAAAUGGAGAGGUUUACAUAAUAAUCAAUAUGCGGCCGUAAAAAAACGCAAAGAUAUAAAACGAAGUGAAAAAUCAACAUCAAAUACAACAACAUCGUCGUCAUCGUCGACAGACGAUCCGCCAUUAUUGAACGAUAGCGCUAGUGUUACUGUUAAUGCAGAUGAUGUUACAACAGCAGCAGAUGUGACACAGUCGUCGCAUGAAAUCGAUGCAAUCGAUGAAACGGUACCGAAUGAAAAAAGCGAAAUUGACAAUUUAAGUGGUAACGAUACCAAAAGUACAGUGAACACCGAUAAAAUGGAAAAAAUAAAUAUUGAUAAGGAAAAAGACGAUGAUCAACAGCGACCAUUUAGACGUACAUUGCGUCGAAAACAAAUUGCUGACGAUUCAUGUGAAGAUUUAAGUACAGUGAAUACAGAUAAAAAUCGUAAAGGCGGUUUACGACCAAAGCGACAAUCGUCGGCCGGAUCGACAAGUGAAAAUCGAUCGGUGUCACCGCGAGGAAAAGAUGAUGAAAAAUCAAAUGCAUCCAAUACCACCGAUACUGUGGCCAAUCGAAAUAAUAUAAUGACACGACAACGGGGUCGAGCCAAAAAAGUUGACAGAGAAAGUAGCAUUGAAGCUCAAUCGAAGAGUGCUGCCGACGAAUCAAAUGAAUCAUUACCAAAGACACGAAGUGAACGUGGAAAUUCAAUUGCAAACGAAGUAGACGAUGGUCUGAACAGUACACAACCAACACCACCGAAAUUACGACGCAGCGAACGAACGCAUACAUCUACGCCCAGCGAUCAAAAGGAUCAAAUCAUUCAAAUUCAAGAUAAUGAUCGAAGCAAAGCAGAGACAACAGAUAACCAUGAACAUAAAUCUAGCAGUGCUGAUAAAGAGCAUGCAACACGAUCACGUAAACGUACAUUCGAUGAUAAAAAAACGCAUGACACCACAACCGACAUCAAAGAUGACAAAUGCAUUGUUGACGAUGAAUCGGUGCCUAGUGUUGUGAUGGACAUUGAUGUAAAAGACGAUGUCGAAACGAGCAUCGAUACGAAACCGGAAAAUAGCCAAAAGAACGAUGACGUUGAAAUGAUUGACGUUCCAACCGAUACAAAUCACGAUGAUCAAUUGUCAAAUGGUAGCGAUGGAACGAACGUUGUUGCUCGCAAACGUGGACGCAAACCUGGUUCGACCAAAGCAAAAGGCAAUUUAAAAUUAAGCAUGACUAUUGCAACGCGAAAUUCACCGGUUAAGAAAUCACCACGGUUCACAAGUGAUGAAAGUCCAUUCGUUUAUACCAUUCCGAAAAAGGAUAAAGUUGCAGCUGAGGCACAGCCUCAACAGCGUUUAUCACGUCGUAUAAAACCAACACCAAAGAUUUUGGCCAAUGAAGAGCUUCGACAAGGAUUUGAAAUCCAAAAUAAUGCCCGUUUAUCGCUAAGCAGCGAGCAUUUGGACAAUGAAUUGGAGCGUAGUCCAAAACAAAAAUCUCCACCAAGUACACCGUCAUCACAAGACAAUGCAAAACCCGAUGCUGAAUCGGUGGCCAAUGGUAUCGAAAAAGUGGUUAGUCGUAGUAAAUCGAACACACCGCCGAAACGUCAAUCAAGCAAUUCAAACGAUACAUCAAGCUAUGAGGUGGUGCGACCAGUGCGCCAACCAUGUCCAGAUCCCGAGAAACUUUUGAAUGAAAUAAAACAGUUCAAAAUCAAUUUGCAUCGAUCGCCCGAACUCGAUAAGAAGCUCAAUUUCAAGCAAAAGAAACGUUUGAUCAAGCUCAAAGAGCGACAUUUUCACAAGCUCGGUUUGCAACGUGUAUCAAAAUCGCAUGGCAACAAAGAUUCAUCGGACGAUGAAUGCAUUGAAUCCGACGAUUAUGAAGAUUUUGUACCAAAUCAGAAAAUCAACGUCGGCCGACCGAGUGUUACAUUGCGAAUGCGUGGCCAAAAGGACAUUGUUAUUUAUAACAAGCACAUUAACAAAGCAAAGACCGUUCGCGAUAAAGCAUUGAAAAAAUCGCUAAGCGAUAAAGUGCCGGCUGCAAUAAUCGAUCAAUUGGAUCAUCGUUCAAAGGAAUUGAUUACACGAAAUCCAGAAAUCAGUUUGAUAUCAAGCACAAAACACAAAUCCGUUGGUGGUACAUCACAAUCUCAAAUGCGUAAACCAACAACAAGUCAUCAUCAACAUCAAAUCACAUCGGAAGUGACGCUAUCGAUCCGCAAAGAGACCGAUUCGAACAUUUGUUUGUGCAACAAAGUGUCGAAAUUCUACACACGAAAAACGGACGAAACAUACUGUUCGGCCGUUGAUCAAAUUGAAGAUCAAAAAGUCGGUUGUGGUAAUGAAGUUGAAGGUGAUUUGCUCAAUUUAUUGCGGCCAAGUAUUCGUGUUAGCUACAUGUUAUUGUGUGAAAGUCACAAGAAACGUUUAUUUUCACAUAAUUGCUGUGCAUCGUGCGGCACGUUUUUGACACAGGGAACAUUUAUGUUGUGCGCUAAAAAUCACUUUUUCCAUCGUGAUUGUGCCACAAAAUUCAUAUUGAAUGCACCGUUUGAUCCACAAAAUCCCGAAUUGGGCAUGUGUCCAACGCUUGUUUUGAAGUGUCCACAUUGUGGCAUUGAUGCACCAUCGGGUGAGACAAUUGUUACGAUGCGAUGUGGCAGUGUUCCAAUAUUUACUACAUCACAAAAGAAACUCACAAAACCGGCCAAAAUGAGCAUCGGUCCGCAUAGCUAUCGAUCAAUAAAAUCACGUGAAGAACUCAAUUUACUUGAAAUCGAACGUUCGAUACCGGAAAGUGUGGUGAAUCUUUUGACACGUGCACAAAAUCGAUUCCCAUUCACACGCGGCAAUCUUUUUACAACCAAAGAUGUAUGCAAUGCCAUUACAAAGGAUGAUAUCGAUCGCAUGGCCGAAAUCAUUGCCAGCGGAUUUGAUAUUUCAACGCCAAUCAAAGAAUUUUACAAUGGAACCUGUUUGCAUUUGGUGGCAAAUUUUGGCAAUGUUAAAAUGACACAUUUGAUUUUAAGUCGUGUUGCGUCCAUCGACUUUCUCAAUAUGCUCGAUCAAAAUCUUCGAACAGCGAUCAUGUGUGCUAUUGAUGGCAACAAAAAUGAUAUUUUGAAGCUUCUGGUUCAGUGUGGUGCUGAUGUUACGAUUAGAGGAACGGAAGGAAUGACGGCCCUUCAUAUGGCAGUUAAAAAGAAGAAUUACGAGGCUCUUGAGAUCAUUUUAAACACAUAUCGUGAAUCGUCAAGUCUACAUCAGAUUGAGAAAUUCUUGAAUACGCGUGACGAUGGCGGAUGGACGGCAAUUGUUUGGGGGGCUGACGUUGGUAAUAACAAAAUUGUCAGCGCUUUGCUCAAUUGUGGUGCUGAUCCAAAUAUAUGCGAUGACGAAAACAGCAGUGCUUUGCACUGGGCCACGCUAUCGAAUAGUAUCGAAACGGUUAUGGUGCUUCUGCAAGCCGGCAGUAAUUUAAGUGCACAAAAUAUAAACGGAGACACCGCACUACAUAUCGCAUGCCGAAACGAUAAUACCAGGAUUGCAUUGUAUUUGUUGGCGCACGGUGCCAGUUUGGACAUCACAAACAAUGCAGACGACUCUCCGUACGAUUGUGUAUCGGAUGAAAAUAGUGCAUGCGGUCGUGCCAUACUAUUUAAUCUGCAAAUUCGUAAUGUUGCCGGUUUGCCAGAGCAAAACAUAAUUCAUCCAGACAUAUCAAACGGUCGUGAAACCUAUCCAAUUCAAGUGGUCGGACGGAAGAAAUAUCGAAAUGCGCGUUCAACUUCGAGCCAGAGUGACACAGACACGGAUUCACUCAUACCUGAUUUUAAAUAUAUUACCAAAACGAUUUUACUCCAGAAUUCGAUUCAAAUCGAUCGUCGCGUAUCACAAAUGAGAAUUUGCUCUUGUGCCGACAAUUGCACCGGUCAGAAUUGUCAAUGCAGUGAGAUGUCCAUUCAGAAUUGGUAUGGUCCCGAUGGACGGUUGAUUAGCGAUUUCAAGUAUCAUGAUCCUGCAAUGAUGUUUGAGUGCAACGAUGUAUGCGGUUGUAAUAAAUUGAUGUGCAAGAACCGAGUCGUACAGAAAGGUUCGAAGGUUGCUUUGCAAAUAUUUGAGUGUGCCGAACGUGUGAAAGGAUUUGGAGUGCGGGGCAUUGCGAAAAUUCCACGCGGUACAUUUAUCGCCGAGUACACGGGUGAAAUUUUAACCGAUAACGAAGCAGAUCGACGCACUGACGAUACAUAUUUCUUUGAUCUUAGCUCAUCUGGCUUUUGUAUCGAUGCCAAUUUGUACGGAAAUGUCAGUCGAUUCUUCAACCACUCGUGCGAACCGAAUGCGGUACCGGUUCGAGUCUACUAUGAACAUCAAGACUUACGUUUUCCAAAGAUCGCAUUUUUCGCAACAAAAGAUAUCGAACCAAGUGACGAGAUAACUUUUGACUAUGGUGAAAAAUUCUGGAUUGCCAAACAUAAAUCGUUUACAUGUCAUUGUGGAACAAAAUCUUGCCGAUUCUCAGAAGGAACAAUUGCUAAAACCCUAGAAGAAUACAACCAAAGAAACUCUUAAGCAGAUCCAAUACAAUUGAGACACACACACAGGUGUUUAUUGAUCUUUCAAAUGUAAGAAACAAUCCUCCGUUUUUUUAAACCAAAAGUAUGCGAAAGGAAAAAAGGUUAAAAUGAGCCCAACUAAGAAGAUUAAUAUUUAGUGAAAAAAAAACGAAAUUCAUUUGCAAAUGGAAAUUACUAUUUUUCUAGUAAAACAACAAAAAUUUACCAAAAAAUGAAUGAAACAAAAACAAAAUAGUAAAAAGAAUUAGAUGAGAAAUUAAUUUAAAAUUAAAUAACAUGUAACUAUUACGAUUUACAAAAUCUGUGUCACAUAUACCAAAAUUUUAUCAAUUUAACCGAAGAAGAUUUAACAACAAGAUGAAAUACCAGGAUAAACAACUUAUUUUCUAUUUAUUAUAAUUAAUUAUUUUGGAGAAUCGAUCGUAUUUAUUUUACCAAUGAAAACAAAAGAGAAAAAGUAUCGAAGAAAACAAACAAUAAUAAUUAAUCGAAACCAAAUAAAGUUUACACUUACACGAUAAAGUUUAUGUAUUGAUUUAAUGGAAUGGAACCAUAUACACGCCAGCACUGUGUACCAGAAUAGAGUAAAAGCCUAGUAGAAUAUCGGGAUAGAGAAAAAGUUUGGAAAGAAUCUAAUUAAGUAUCUAAUUAUUUACCGUAAACGUAACUAAGUCAUUAUCAUUCAUCAAUCACUGUAGCGCUUUGAUUUUGUGUGGCCAAAAAGAAGAAACAAGUGUAGUAUGUAUACCAUUUUUUGCCAUUUUUUAAGUUAAAAUAAAAUAUAAAUAUAUUGGUGUCUUUUUAAAGAAGAGAAAAAAAAGAGUAGAUAUUGAAAACGGUCGAUGAAUGACCCGAUUGUGAUUCGAUCACAGAAUGAGGUGAUGAGUUUAGUCAUUGGUAUUGUCAAUUACAUAAUAUAGGAAAUAGGCGAGAAAGCAGAUGGGUCGAAGGGAUAGAAUUUAAAUUUUCAGUACAUGAGACUGAAUGAUCGAACGAGCAUUGGAAUGUGAAUAAUUGCUGUAUUCUGUAUGUCGACAGGUCAUCGACUGCCAUAUAUAAUUUAUGUCAUUUUUUUUCUCGGAUUCGCUUGCAAUGUUUUAGAUUUUAGUAUUACACAUUUUUUUUCCUCUUUUUUCUCAUAUUGUAUGCUCUUUUGUAAUCAUACCUCAUCAUCAAAUCCCGUCAUAUUUUUUUUUUUUCUAAUUAGUCCAAAAAGCAACAAAAACCUGUGCAAAUCAACGCGUUUUUUUAAAACCAAAAACACAAUCAUUUUU